AUGUGCAGAGGUCCGGGAGGCCAGAGAUGGCUUCUGAGAGCCCAAGUUGGGAGAAGGUACCUGGAUGAGGCAGAAAAGGAGAAGCAGCAGUAUCUGAAGGAACUGCGGGCCUACCAGCAAUCAGAGGCCUACAAGGUGUGCAGCGAGAAGAUUCAAGAGAAGAAGAUAAAAAAAGAGGACUCGGGCUCCGGGCUCAUGAACACGCUCUUGAACGGACACAAGGGUGGGGACUGCGAUGGCUUCUCCACCUUCGACGUUCCCAUCUUUACUGAAGAGUUCCUAGACCAAAACAAAGCGCGGGAGGCGGAGCUGCGGCGACUGCGGAAGAUGAACGUGGCCUUCGAGGAGCAGAACGCCGUCCUGCAGAGACACACGCAGAGCAUGAGCAGCGCGCGCGAGCGCCUGGAACAGGAGCUGGCGCUGGAGGAGCGCAGGACGCUGGCGCUGCAGCAGCAGCUCCAGGCCGUGCGCCAGGCGCUCACCGCCAGCUUCGCCUCGCUGCCGGUGCCCGGUGAGCCGCCCAGCCCCCGUGCUUGCCGCCAGGCCCCGCCCUCCGUCUUGCUCGUUCACGCCCACAACUAUCAGGUCCCGCCCGAGGUCACGCCGGGUCACGCCCAUAGCCGCCAGGCCCCGCCCGUCGUCUCACACUUAGCUGCGCCCUCCGCUGUCGGGUCCGCCGGCGCCGGCUCCCGUCUGUCCGUCCUCACUUCUGUCCCUGCCGGUCUCCCCGUCCUCCCCCAGGCCGCCUCAGCUCCACCCAUUACUAGCCCAGUCCCUGCCAUGCUUGGCCCUGUCCCUGCUCUCCGGACAUCACAACAUCCCAGUCCUGUCCUGCAGCCUGUGAAGAAACGUGGCUGGCCCAAGGGUAAGAAGCGGAAGAAGAUUCUGCCCAAUGGUCCCAAGGCCCCCGUUACGGGUUACGUGCGCUUCUUGAACGAGAGGCGGGAGCAGAUCCGGACCCGCCACCCAGACCUGCCCUUCCCAGAGAUAACCAAGAUGUUGGGUGCUGAGUGGAGCAAACUGCAGCCUGCAGAGAAGCAGGUUUAA